AUGACUUAUCAACUGAGUGCUUCCUACUGUGCUAGAUACAACAAGUCCAAGCCACCAUUACCUUACUUUCCUGGGCAAGAGUUUUGCAUCCACCCUCAUACUCCACCUGCUCCCGCAACAGGUGAGGUCGUCCUAUCUUAUGAGGGGCAUCGGGAAAGGGAAAGUAUGCAUCCUGUGGAUCGUUGUAUAUUUCAUCCUCCAUUGCCUGGAUUGACUGGAAAGGGCACUAUUCGACUAAAGGUUGUUGGACCUGUCAGAAUAGGAGACCAACACAGUGCUCAACUUGUUACCGUCCACAUGGUCGAUAAGACUCCAGAUAUAUCAGACUCGAUACCAACUGAUAAGUAUCUAGUCGCUAAGCUCUACGAUCCCCUUUACUUUGACCAUGAGCAAGAUGAUGUGGAUCCUUUUCGCUAUACGGACCUAGCAUACUCUCAUGAAACCGCAGCCUACCGACUGCUUUAUCCACUUGAAGGAACUGUCAUUCCAAAAUAUUAUGGAACUUCGCGAUCUAUCCGGUUAAUCCUUAUCGAAAAAGUACCCGGUAUCUCAAUGCAACGUCUCAAUCCAACCAACCAUGCGCGGUCAGAGCGUCAAAAUAUUUUGAAGGCAAUUGUCGAUGCAGAAUCUAUGCUGUAUGCUCAUUAUAUAUUACAUAGAGAUAUACACCCGAGGAAUGUUCUUGUGCUGGAUAGCGCUCAUCGGCGUGUGGUACUCAUUGACUUUGGAUAUUGCGGGAUUGGUCGAACUCCUUCAAACAGCCCUGCCGAGUGGAAAGCCAAAUACCUUCCUGGUGUUCCCAUAUCCCCAUUGCUGCGCUGGGAUCAGGGUUGGGGCCGUCAUGCGAAUUUUCAUGAAUGGAUUGACUGGGACUGGCAAACUUGGCUUGAGCACUGUUAUGAAUUCACGAGAGCAUCCAUAACGGAACACAUGCGGUCGAUUUGGCUUCCAAAAAUACCGCCUAUAUCAUCGCCUCCACGUCCGUCCGCAUCUUCAAGGAUCACGGCACCUCAUUAUAAAUCAAACCCACGUUCCAAGUGCGUGACAUCCCCCAUCUUGACAGCCACUCUCCCUGCCCACCUACCCAUGAAACGGACGGAAUUCGAGCUGCCACCGGCACAGAUCCAUCUCCUGGUGAAGCUUCUGAUUUGGCCCACCUCGGAUGCUCUGGAAGACGAGUGGCGGCGACGCAAUGAGGGGGUGGAGGCGGUGAGACGACUUCCUCGAAGGUGGGUCCCCUGCGAGGACGACCGAAGCGAACGAUGCUGCCUGAGGACGCUUCCCACGAGGAUUCUUCCCCCCCAAGAAGAAGAUCAAGCAGGAGGAUCGCGCCUGUCUCUCUCCGGAGGAGAAGAAGUGCCGGCCGGUAGAGGAGCACAUUGGCUCCGCACCGGGUCCUCUGACAUGCUUUCAGGAGCAAAAAGCGGUCGUGCUCGAUUCUUGUGCGCGGUGCUUGAUACUGACUCGACCUUGUUCGCUGCGAACCAAUCAUUUCAUGCAACAUGCGUUGUAGCCUGCCACCUUGACAAUAUACCUGCGAUACGCCGAGCGACCUCAAGUUCGCUAUCCAUCCCUGUAUCCUUUCAUGAGUCACCCAUUUACAAUCUCGAGCAUUUCGAUAAGCACAUGCUCCUUGCCGAAACGUUUCCAGGUUCCCAGUCAUGCCCCUGCAAGAUCGUGUCUGGGUCCCAUGAUGGCACGGUCCGAGUGUGGGAGACAGCCACCGGCAAACUGCAGCAGACGCUCGAGGGCCACUCCGGCUGGGUUGAGAGUGUGGCCUUCUCGCCCGAUGGCUACAAGAUCGUGUCCGGGUCCUAUGAUCACACGGUCCGAGUGUGGGAGACGGCCACCGGCGAGCUGCAGCAUACGCUUGAGGGCCACCCCAAUAUUGUCCAGAGUGUGGCCUCUAACACACUCACCUACUCAGUGGAUAAGUCAAAUCAAUGGAUAACUAAAAACAACUUGCGAAGUUUAUACAUCCCCUUUGACUUGAGGCCUGGUGUGGUUGCUAUACAUGGGACUUCACUUGCUAUUGGCGCUAAUUGUGGUCAAUUAACUAUACUUCUGUUUCAGUCUCUUCUCGAUGAAAUGAUUCUUUAA